AUGGCCGAGGACACGUUGCUGGACCUUCUGAGGCGUCUCCCGCCGACACGCGCCGAGGCGAACAUCGAGGCGCUCUGCCAGCUCGCGCCCGAGUACGCCGACGACCUGCUCGGCAACGUCGACCAGCCGCUCAAGGUGCUGCACGACGAGCAGAGCGGGAAGGACUUCCUCGGAUGCGACUACAACCGUGAUGGAGACAGCUUCCGCUCCCCGUGGACGGACGAGUACAUCCCCCCUGCGCCUGGCGCCCCUCAACCUUCCCCGAGGCUGAGGCAGCUCGAGGUCUCGCUCAACACCGCGUUCGAGACGUACCGCGAGAUGUACUUUGAGGGAGGCACUAGCUCUGUCUACCUCUGGGACCUGGAUGAGGACCCCGCGACGGCCAAGGACAUGCAGUUUGCUGGCGUCGUGCUGAUGAAGAAGACGCUUCCGAGCGGCCCCUCUUCCGGCUCCUGGGACUCGCUGCACGUGUUUGAGUGUGCCGAGCGCGGCCGCCAGGCCAAGUACAAGCUGACCUCGACGGUGAUGCUGGUGCUGGAGGCGCGGACGUCGUCGCCGGAGGACGCCAAGCUGGCGGCCCAGGGCGAGGGCAACGUGACGCUCUCGGGCAGCAUGACGCGGCAGGCGGCGACGGACUGCGCGCUGCCCAACGCCACCGCGCACAUUGGCAAUAUCGGCCGCAUGGUCGAGGACAUGGAGAUCAAGAUGCGCAACCUCCUCUCGUCCGUGUACUUUGGCAAGACGAAGGAUGUCGUCGGCGAACUGAGGAGUCUUUCGGGGCUCGAGGCGAAGAGCAAGGAGGACCUCCUCCGCCAGGAACUCGCGAGCAAGCUGGGAGGUAUGCGAUAG